AUGGCGUGGCAAAUUGAAAGUUCCACUGGUGAAACACUCUCUAACAAGGAUUGGGUCAUGAAUAUGUCCGAUAAAGAACUUACACCCGCGCAGUCCGUAUUAUCUUUAGGAUUGAAUUUCGCCGUAUCGCCCGAUAAUGUACCGUGGAAGCAGAUCGUAGCGUCCAUAGAGAAGGGCCUCGUCGGACAACCCCUGCACAUUAAGUCACUUUUACAAAGCAAGUUGGUGGGAUGCAUUCGUAGCCAUAAGACCACAACCACCAACGUCCCUAAAUCAUACUUAGCCGCUAUACGGGAAUUACAAAAAGACCGUUCGAUUGUUAUAUUAUCGGCUGAUAAGGGAAAUCGUGCGGUGGUUAUGAACCGAACGGAUUACACAGCGAAACUUUUGGAACUCCUGAAAGACGCCAGAACCUACAAGAAGCUGGCUCGGAAUCCGACUCCUUCCUUAGAACCCGCUAUACGGGAAUUACAAAAAGACCGUUCGAUUGUUAUAUUAUCGGCUGAUAAGGGAAAUCGUGCGGUGGUUAUGAACCGAACGGAUUACACAGCCAAACUUUUGGAACUCAUGAAAGACGCCAGAACCUACAAGAAGCUGGCUCGGAAUCCGACUCCUUCCUUAGAACAUAUCCCGUUACGAGCGAUUGUUUCUUUUAUUGGUUCGCCUAGCUAUAUGUUGGCUAAGUUUCUCGCCAAAAUCGUUGCCCCCUUGAUUGGAAAUAAUAGUCACCACGUCAGGAAUUCACAUGAGUUCGCGGCCGAGGUAAGAGACAUGACAAUUGCAGAUGCGAUGGGUGGUUCGCCCAUCUCUGUCGUCAUUGCAAACGUCGUUAUUGAGACUAUUGAAGAGGAUGCCCUCGCUACUUUCAUGCACCCUCCUCGAUACUGGAAGCGCUACGUUGACGACACUUUUGCCAUCAUUGCGGCGGAACAACUCCACCCUUUUCUGGGAAUAGAGGAGUCCAUCCAGUUUACCCUAGAAAGAGAGAACGAAGGAAAAAUAGCGUUCUUAGAUGUUGAGGUGAGUCGGGACGAAGAAGGAGGAAUGAAAACCUAUGUAUACAGGAAACCUACCCACACUAAUCGCUAUCUAUCUUUUUGGUCAGCUCAUCCGAUCGAACAUAAAAAAGCGGUAGUAAGGUCCCUAAAACACAGAGCAGAGGCUUUGGUGUCCGAUCCACUACGUCUACAAGAUGAAAUGAAAUUCAUUAAAGACGGGCUUCGGUACAACUCAUACCCGCCGUGGAUGGUAAAGUGGAAGCCAACACAGAAACCCAAAGAAGUAACACCUACUAUUGCUACUUUGAGCCUCCCGUAUGUCCCAGGCCUAUCCGACACUUUAAAGAGAAUGCUUACCGAUCACGGUAUUAAG